CGUCAUCAUGUCAAUAAUAUUGAGUAUUGUAUUGUAGUAAGUGUUCAAUAUUUUUGAUACGUUUUGUGCUGUAAACAACUGUAUUAGUGUAUUUGUUCAUUAAGAAACAUUUGGAUCGAUAACAAGUCAACAUAUACUACCGUCGUGGUUUUUUAAACCUUAAAAAUGAGUUGGAAUUUGUUUAAUCGCCAAGCUAAAAGAAGCUUGGUGACAAAAACUACUGAACGAGAUUUUGAAAGAGAAUGCACAAAGAUGCAACACUUAGAAGAGUGCAGCAAAAAAAUCGCUAAGGAUAGCAAAAGAAUGGCAUCUUGUACGAGUGCUUAUGGUAAAUCUGCAGGCAAGUUAGGGCAUGACUUGUUGACUGAUAUGGGUGCCAAUGGACAUGAAGAUUUCAAUUUAUUUGAUGCGGCAAUGGCAAAACAGGACCAACUUGCUCAAGAAAAGUCGAACAUGAUGCACCAAGCAAUGGUUGAACCUAUGAAAAGAUACACCACUAUAUUCCCCCACUACACACAACAGGUAAAAAGCAGGGAAAAAGUGUUGCAGGAAUACAACAAAGUUCAGGCCAAGCUGGAAAAAUAUGAAGAAAGAGAACAGACUGGUGCCAACAUUGUCAAAAUACAGCAGAUGAAAGCAGAGGUGCAACCUGUAAAAGAAGAAUUUGAGAAAAAGAAUAAUUCUUUGUUAGAAGAGAUGCCUAAGUUUUACGAUGCUAGUAUCGGUUACAUUCAUCCAUCACUUAAAACUAUCUUAACUUGUUAUAUGGUUGAAGUGGUUAUAGUAAAUGAGAAACGGGACUUGCUUUAA